AUGGGCCCCUGUACCGCCUCCUCUUGCUGCUGCCAGGCCCGUAAUCUGCCAUGGCCCCCGUACCGACUCCUCAUGCUGCUGCCAGGCCCGUAAUCUGUCAUGGGCCCCUGUACCGCCUCCUCAUGCUGCUGCCAGGUCCAGAGUGUGUCAUGGGUCCCUGUACGGCCUCCCAUUGCUGCUGUCUCCAUCGCCACACUCUGCCAUGUGCCAAUUUCAGGUCUCCUCACACUGCUGGUGGGUUCCAUUUUGUCAUAGGGUGCUGUAUGGCCUCCCAUUGCUGCUGCCUCCACCGCCACACUGUGGCUCCACACUCUGGUUUUGGCCCCGUGACUGGCCAAAUGAGUGAAGUGUGCGGUGAUUCUAAGAUCGACGGCACUCAUCUGCAUGUCAUACUGACUGACAGUAUUAUUUCUCUUCCCCAGCAGACUCCAAGGGCAUUUAAAUUAAAGGUACAGUGUUCUGCACUAAUAUAA